UCAGGACUGAAAUAAACAACAAGAUUCUUAUAAUGUUAUGUAUUUCACAUUUUCGGAUGAUCUUUCUAUAAUGUGUUUGUUUCAGGAGAAAACAAUUCUAGAUUCCAAAAGUUGCCUGCUACAACAAGAAAGGAGAGAUAUGAGAUUUUUAAAAGAAUGAAAAUAAUGAGCGAAUAUGAAGAAGCUAAGGCUCUUAAGCUGAUUAGCGAUUUCAAAACGACACGUCCAUUUUUCAAGGUUAUAAUGCAAGAAUACUAUGGUCAGCAACUGAACUUGCCAGUAGAGUUCGCAACGAGUAAUGACUAUCAGCCAUGUGAUGAUACAAUACCCCUUCAAGUCUCAUAUGGGGAUGGAAUGAAUAGUAGUCCUUGGCAUGCGGGCUACAAGACCUGGGAUGUGGAGUACAAGUUUGAAGUGUAUAAUGGAGUACCAACACCCACAUUCCAGGCAGGUUGGCCAGCAUUUGUUCAGGACAAUAAUCUGAAAGUAGGCGAUGUUUGUGUGUUUGUUCUGCUCAGGGAGAUGUACAUUGCAUUUAACGUUUUAAUUUUUCGAGUUGGUACAAAUUUCUUCAAGUCUCUAGAGCCCAAGGAAUAUUGCAUGGUGGGUGGAAGAACAUUUUUGGUUCGCAACAGAGGUGAAUUCAGCGAGGACAGUUCAUGUCCGAACCAGCAAGUGUUCAUUGAAAAAUCUAGGCUUAUUGAAAGGGCUCUAUUUAAAUCGAAAAAUCAUUUCUUCUCGGUUGUUAUAGAACCAUCACUUCUUGGUUCGGGUCGUAGUUUGACUAUACCGCUGUACUUUGCGAAGGAUUACCUUAAAAAUGAGGGAAUUGUCAUUCUUUUGACAGACAGAAGAUAUUGUUCUGUUCAAUUUGAACUAAAGAACAAAAACAAUAGCAAAAUGAGAGCUGUAUUUAGUGGUGGUUGGAAAGACUUUACCAAGGACAAUUAUUUGCAAGUUAACGAUGUCUGCAUUUUCGAGUUUCUUAAGGGAUCUGCUAAUGUUUUUAAAGUUACCAUUCACCGUGCUGAAGAAUAUGCAUCCGACUAAAAUCUCUAAGCUAGUGGAAUCAAAGCAAAUACAAAAGGAGAAGUGGGAGAGAAGUUAGUGACUUUUUUUUUUGAAACAUAUUUGCAUAAUGGUGAAGUUGUUAUGCAUUAAAACGCAAAACUGGAUAUAUGGUGAAUGAAUCUAUAAGGGAUCAAAUACCUUAUUAGAUACAGUAUAUAUUUAUUUUUAUUAUAUGUGGGAUGUUAAUUUAACAUGAACAAAUUAUCUUCUAUGGA